AUGCAACAAGCUGAAAAAAACAAAACAGAAAAUGUUCAGCAAGUGGAUUCACGAAAAUUUAGUCACAAAACAGAUAUUAUUGAUGGAUUUUAUGACGAGAGAAUUGAAUUAACUGUUGGAGAUGUUGUGAAAAGCGCAGUAAAUACUAACUUUGACGAACAAGAAACAAAGGAAGAGUCAGUAAAUUUCCAAUUUACAAGAGAUCCUUCGAAACAUAUUAAAUGCAGAAAUACUGUUCAAGGAGCAGACUAUAUUACUGACUCCAGAGGGUACAUUUGCAGUAUUAUGCAUGUAGAUCCAAAAACCCAUUGUUGUAGAACAGACAUCAAUCCAGACCAAGCCAAAAAAGAUGGCCUUCCUCCCAUAGAGAGAUAUUCUUGCUCAACCUGUAAUACCAAUAAUCAAUGUUGCUCUUCAUAUGAACAUUGUGUCAGUUGUUGCAUGGACAUUGACAAGAGAGAAGAUUUACGAAAAAUGUUUCAGCAAAGAAAGGACGAUAAGCUCUUUAAGGGUGUAAAAACAGUUUUUGAGCUUUGUUUAUUGAGAUGCAGAACUACAUCUAGAAGCGUUCAAAAUGAAAAUAGGUUUAAAGAUCCAACCUACAGAUACUGUUAUGGGUCUAUUAAUUAG